GAGAAUCAGGCAGCUCCGGCGACCUUGUGUAAAGCGUGGUGUUUAUUAGCUGUCCAAAGAAUAACCUACGUAAAAUGGUCUUAUACCGACCGCGUAAAGUGAUAGUUUGGUGCUUAUAGUGCUCUUUUUCAAGGUUACCACCAUGAUGUCAUUUAUCAAGACUGCUGUUGGGGGAUUGACCGGCAUCUGUAGAGUCCACGGUCACCAACAAGGUCUUCUGCACAGCCAUUUGAAAAUCCUAGCUGCUGGGCUGAAGACAUAUGAAGUCCCUCCAGACUACAGAGAUGUGGUGCUGCCAGAGAAACCCAAACUGAAGUUUAUGAAAAAGGUGCCUAACUUUAAAAAGGCCAGGAAAGAGAUGAAGAAGCUGCGGGAUAUCCAAGGCCCAGCUAAGACAGGAACUGAUUUCACGACUGGAGAGUACGCUAUUGUCGCUAUGGGAGGAGGCUACCUCCACUGGGGUCACAUGGAGAUGAUGCGUCUAACCAUCAACCGCAAGAUGGAUCCCCGGACCACAUUUGCCCGCUGGCGUAUCAAUAGCCCAUUUAAGCCAGUGACACGUAAAAGUCUGGGACACCGAAUGGGUGGGGGCAAAGGAGCCAUCGACCACUAUGUGACACCUAUCAAGUAUGGUCGUCUUAUCGUGGAAGUAGGAGGAAAGGUGGAGCUGGGGGAGAUUCAACACAUCUUGACUGAAGUGGCAAAGAAGAUGCCCUUCCCUGCCAAGGUGAUGAGCAGAGAGAGUCUUGCAGCCAUGCAACAGAAGCAGGCUGAUAUGGAGCAGAACAACCAGAAUCCCUGGACCUUCAAAGAGAUAGCGUGGGGCAAUAUGAUGGGUAUGAGGAGGGUCCUUAGCCCCUUUGACUUGAACAACCAUGGACGUUUCAAAGGCAAAUUCCACUUCCCCGGGAGGGUAUGAUGGACCUGAAGGACAGAAAAUAAUACUUUGUCAUCCAAACAUUUAGAUUUUCAGGUAUAUUUGGGAAUCUUCUGUCCUUUUUUGUACUCAACUGUAUUUUAAUUUGACUUUUUGUUGAAAGAACGUUUUUUUCCUUUUGUUUACAAACCUGGUCAACUUCAUUAUGUACUGCAGUUUCUAUGGUGGUAUUAAUGGUGGAACAAGGAUUGGAACAAUAUUGAAUAAAUGUCUUUUUGUCUUGUCAUCAGUAAAACCAGAC